UCGACCGAAGUAAUAAAUCAUUUGAAGCAAGAUUCAUUCAUUCAACUGACGUUCGAUUGGCUUCUGAGUUCACACAAAGUGGCUGAAUUGAUUGGUCUAGUGUUGAGCAAAACGGAAACCCGAAACGAGUCUCGUUGCCGUCUUGAUUUUGUUCACUUCUUGACCGACAGAUGUUUUAAUCAGAAAAUAGCAUCGACUCUGGAAACAACCAUGCGAAAAAGCAAUCGGAAAUUCUUCGUCUAUUCAUUCGACAGCAAAAUGGACAACAGGCCUCUGAAGAAACUCAGCUGUUCGUUUGGUGGAGAGUGGCAACUUAUAACGGAUGACAGAAACUGUUUUGCAGACAAAGCGCUCAAAUAUGUCGAAAUGUAUUCAGAUACCGACAAGAAUGGGUUAUCCUUCACUAUGUAUCCUUCACUACAUAAUGACAAGUCGAAAGUGGUGGAAAGCGCCGAAAUAUGUACGCCUUUAUCUAUUAGAAGGAGUAAACAGGAGCAUAUUGGAACUUACUCGGAUAACUUUGGGGCACUUUGCCUCAAUGUCAAUUUGAGUUUAAUUGAUGGAAAUGAUCAGAAAACUGUUUUGGAAAAAGGCAGCAUUCCGUUUUGUCCAAGCAGAACUGUUCCUUCUAGAAGUUCUAAAACCCUCGACUCGAUCCGGAGUGAGGAGGGCAGGUGUCUGAGUGGGAACAAGAUGACGUCAUCACAACUGAGACAGCAGCUAGAAGGGGAACUGCAGACAAUGGCCAUACAAGCAGAGCACCAUCUCAAUAUAGUGGACUUGAAUCCCAAUUGUCCCUUCGACGACCAAACAUGUGACGUAUGUAGUCUGGACUCUCUCCUGGCCAAACUCUCCUCCCUGGAUGACAAUGACAGUGACCACCAACUGCUUCACUACCCUCUUGAGAGAGGACAAGUCACCUGGAGGACAUCAACUAUUAAGUACAGUCAAGAGGCGCAUCUCAUUAGGACACAGUUCAACACGUCAACUCAGGCAGAGAGGAAAAGUCUGCAAGACUCCAUUUGUCUGACCAAUGCUCUGGAAGUGAACUGGAAGAAGGCCUUCUCUAGUGGAUCUCGGUUUAAGUGGCUCUACUACUUGGAUUCCAAGACUAGAUUCGUUAGGAGCUACCCUGGAUUCACACUGGCCGACCCAGAAUCUUGCAACGAACCGAAAGUUCAUGACAGUGCAACUGAGAGGGUGUUUGCCUCUAUCCAGUCUCCGGCCAAAAGAGUGGUUCUGGUAGCAAGUCACUCGAAUAAAGGGACUAAAUCAAGCUCUCUUCUCUCUAAUCUGCUGCUUGCCCUCUUCGAUACAAUCACGAGCAAUGAUCUCUUCCAGUUUGUUAAUACUGAAAGCCCAUCCAUGCCCUUCCAACUAGAGCAGAUGCGAGAAGCAGACAGGGCUCGUGUGAGACAGCAGAUGGUAUUUGCGGAGAGUGGAGUAACAGAGGGAAAUCAGAUCUCAACUAUGGUGGAGAGGGCAUUCCAACUACUCAACUACAACAGCGACAACCGCUACCAACAAAAUGCAUGCGUCAAAGUUCUGCUUCUGAUCAUCGACCACACAAUUGACUUGACCCUCCUAAACCAGGUGAAACAUCUCAACUCUCUGUCAACCAAUCAAGUUCGAGUGUUUGUCUACUCAGUCGGAUUAGCCAAUCAGGAUUCAGUAGCAAGACAGGUGGCUUGUGACAAUUUCGGCGCCUGGUACAAAAUGGACAGUCAAUCGGAUUUGGUCGUGGCACGAGAAUACUACACGAUGCUGGCAGAGCCAAAUUUCGCCUCUCAGGUCACUUGGACCAAACAGGACCCUGUUGGAUUCGAUGCUAACUCUCAACUAGGAGCGUGUGUUCCCGUGGUUACUAUUUCCAAACUGGGCACCGCCAAAAUGCAGGGAACAGUUUGUGGGUCAAUUGAUGAAACGAGCUUCUUCCAAUUUCCAAAUGCACUUGCGUGUGUGUGUGGGGGGGAUUCAGUUGGGAUUCAUUUGGUGGAUGGGGUUGGUUCAGGUGGAGGCAGGGUUGGGGGUUGGGAUUGGUUCAGGUGGGGGAUGGAAGCGGGUAAUUGUUGA